UCAUGGGGCGGGUAAAGGAGGCGGUGGCCGAGCGGGGAGGCGCCUGGGGCAGCCUCCUGGGUCCGCUGUGCCAUUCCUGAACUGGUCCGGGUCCGCGUGACCGGGGCUUCAGGGAAGCGAACUGUUAGGCGAAGGAGGAGGCAGUCAGAGCCAUAUCCCCUUCAUCCCCGGGGCGGGGGCCGGGCCUGGCCGGCUAAGGCGGGGGAGGGCCGGGAGGGCGCCGGGCCGGGCCGGCCUGACUGCCGAGAUGGAUGACAGCAAGGUGGUUGGAGGCAAAGUGAAGAAGCCUGGGAAACGAGGACGGAAGCCAGCCAAAAUCGACCUGAAAGCGAAGCUGGAGCGGAGCCGGCAGAGUGCCAGAGAGUGCCGGGCCAGGAAGAAGCUGAGAUACCAGUACCUGGAGGAGCUGGUGUCCAGUCGGGAGAGAGCUAUCUGUGCACUGCGGGAGGAACUGGAAAUGUACAAGCAAUGGUGCAUGGCAAUGGACCAAGGAAAAAUUCCUUCUGAAAUAAGGGCCCUUCUCACUGGAGAGGAGCAGAGCAAGUCUCAGCAGAGCUCAAGCAGGCAUCCCAAAGCUGGGAAGACAGAUGCUAACACCAAUUUGUUGCUGGGGAAUUGAACCGGUGGCUUCAGAAAUGCUAGGGUGAAGAUCAUCUAAAAUGCAGUCAUUGAUCAAAGCCAAUGGUCUCUAGUGUCUAUGGAGGACAAAUGGGCAGGACUUUGCUUCUUGGCUCCAUGUACUGCUUACUGCUCAGUAGGCAUUUCUGUAAAUCUGAAGUUUCUACCAAAAUGUGUGAUCAUACAUCACGAAGGCCUUUGCUUUAAUUUUCAACACUUAGAUUUGCCAACAUUCAGACCUGCUCUGUAUUGCUCUCCAUGUUGGUCAAGUUAUGAUGCCUGAAACCACAGAAAUGGAGGAGGGGAUGAAAAGCGCAUAUUUGCACCUUAGCCAUGUGGCUCUUUUGGUUAAUUUAUAUUUUCCCUAUGUAAUUCA